CAAGUUAGUUUUCCUUUGUAGCUCUUAUUCGUCACUCUGACGGUCGGUGUGUGGCCAGCGGUACUAGCGUGCAGUUAAACCGUCGCUCUGUCUCGGUCCCGGAACAAGACCAUGUGUUUCAGUUGCAGAAUGAAUUCAGGACUGUGGUAUUGGAAGAGAGCUUCAUGUUCAGAUGUCAUUCUUGUAAUGGCUUUUGUGCUUGUAAUGCCAUUCCCGGAAUCUGCCGCUGAAGCCGCGACCGACAGUAGCAACCAGUUCCCGGAAAACUUCUACCUGGGCUUCGCAACGUCAGCCUAUCAGACCGAGGGGGCCUGGAACACCGACGGAAAGGGAGAAAACAUCUGGGAUCGUCUGCUGCAUGCACAACCAAACUUCACGACUGAUGGAUCAAAUGCAGACGUUACUGACGACUCCUACCACAAGUACCCUGAGGAUACCGACAUUGUUUCAGACAUGGGGGUGAGAAUGAACGCCGAAUAG